AUGUGGAUAAUCUUCGUGUCAUUCCUUCUCUUCCUGAACUCUGGCAAUUGUGUGGAGGACGAGGUCAGCAGCACACUGAUAAACUUUCUUGCAAAACUCUCUAACAACAAUGGACGCCAGAACUCUAAUUUGGUCUGGAAGCCAGGCUCUGAUCCCUGCUGGGACCUGUGGCAAGGCGUGGUAUGUGAUGAUAAAAACGCCUCAGUACAGAAGCUACUUCUUAACAGGUCCAAUUUAGCUGGAACUCUUGACGUUGCUAUGCUUUGCAAUUUGCGGCCCCUCGUCGCGUCUCUCACAUCUCUUAACCUCGACGGCAACGACAUAAGUGGAGGAAUAGCAAAUGAGGUUGGAAACUGCAAGCAUCUCACUCACUUUAAUCUAAGUGGUAACCAACUUUCUGGGGACCUUCCUAGCUCACUUGCCAUGCUGAGUAAUUUGAAAGAACUCGACAUCUCCAGCAAUAGGUUCUCCGGGAACUUGCCAAACAUGUCCUUAAUCUCUGGACUGAAUUCCUUUUUGGCACAACAUAAUCAGUUCACGGGGGAGAUACCCCCUUUAAACUUUUCCAAAUUGGACUAUUUCAAUGUAUCCUUCAACAAUUUAAGUGGCCGUAUUGCAGAUUUGCAAAACCAUUUCUCUGCGGAUAGUUUCUUGGGAAAUCCUGAGCUUUGUGGAAACCCUUUGCCAAAAAGCUGUUCAUCUCUCCCUAUAUCCGAUGCCAAACCAUCUGAUUCAGAAGAAUCGAAGGGUCCUUCCAAAAGCCAGAUUCUUAUGUAUUCAGGCUAUGCUGUUCUGUGUUUGGUCUUCAUCCUCUUUGUAGUUCUUGCGCUGUGUAAAAGAAACAAGACAGGAAAUAAGGUUGAAGCAGAAAAGGAGGCAACUGAUGACAGUACUACUGACAAGCCUAGCUAUGUUUCAAAUGGAUACAAAUUAAGCGUGAGCAGACCAGAGUUAUCAGUCACUGCUGAGAGUGGGAUGGUUUCACAAUCACUUGUUGUUCUUUCAAGGCCAAAUGUAAAUGAUAUUACAUUGGAGGAAUUGAUGAUGUCCCCUGCGGAACUGAUUGGCCGAGGAAAGUUUGGUAGUCUUUAUAAAGUGAUGCUGGACAAUGGGAUGAUGGUCGUUGUUAAGAGGAUUAAUGACUUAACAUCAAGCCGUGACUUCAAAGAAAGGAUCCAAAUGCUGAGCCAAGUGAAGCACCAUUCUGUACUGUUACCUCUUGCUUUCUAUUGUUGCAAACAAGAGAAACUUUUGGUUUAUGAAUAUCAGGAGAAUGGAAGUUUGUUCAAGCUUCUACAUGGUUCCUCAAAAGACUUUGAUUGGACCAGUAGACUUGGGAUUGCAGCUACAGUUGCAGAGGCGUUAGCUUUCAUGCAUCAAGAGCUUGAAGAAUGUGGGAUCGCCCAUGGAAACCUGAAAUCGUCCAACAUUUUGCUAAACAAGAACAUGGAGCCCUGCAUAAGCGAGUAUGGCGUUAUGGUUAUGGAUGAUCAAGAACUUAAAAUUCAGCAGAGUUCAUCUUUUGCCGGUUCUUAUGCUGCUGGUGCAUCAGAAGCCUUCAAGGGAGAUGUUUAUGGCUUUGGAGUGAUUCUUCUUGAACUACUUACUGGGAAGUUGGUGAAGAGCAAUGGGAUGGACCUGACCGAGUGGGUUGAGCGUGUUGUAAGGGAAGAAUGGACGGGUGAAGUGUUUGACAGGUCCCUGAUAUCAGAGUAUGCCAGUGAAGAAAGGAUGGUGAGCUUGCUUCAAGUAGCUAUAAAAUGUAUUAAUCAUUCUCCAGAGGCUAGGCCAAGUAUGAGCCAAGUUGUUCUCAUGAUCAGCGUCAUAAAAGAGGAAGAAGAGAAAUCCUUGAUUUAUGAAGCACAGGACUAG